UAUUACACCCGCGCAAGUGGACGAUAGUUUGUACAGUGCGGUGCAUCGUAUCGCCUUCUCUUCCCUGGGGAUUUUGCAUAGAUAAUUUUGCUUCCGGAUUUUUUAUUCUCAUAAUGUACUCUUCACUUCCUUGUGUUUAGCGAAUAGAGGAACUGACCACAUUGUGACUAGACUGAUCAUAUAUAUUUACUCAAUGCUGAAUUACAUUUUUAAGUGUUAAAAUGCGAGUUAGUUUGUUUACAGCGGCUUUUCGAAGUGUCCAUUGAUCUAAUUCUCUAAACUUGGUCAGUGUGGGGCCAGAAGCAGCAAUGGCGGGUCGCAGUUCGCAAGGAGACCUGACCGAGUACAAGAAGAGCCUGAUAAAGCGAGAUUUGGAGAUGGGAAUCGUAAUGACAGUGUACAGACAGAAGAUGGAGAGGCUGACGGUUCAAGUCAUCAUGGAAACCAGACAGGUGGCUUGGACGCGGACGGCUGAGAAAACGGAGGGAGUGUUGGACAUUUUCGAAAUGCGGGAAGUGCGGCCAGGAAAAAACUCCAAGGACUUUGAUCGAUUCAAGGACAGAAACACAGACCCAAACACAUGCUUUACUAUAUUCUACGGAUCUCAGUUUGUUCUGAACACUCUCAGUCUAGGCGCUGAUUCGGUGGAGGAUGCAGAAAAAUGGCUGAUAGGACUGGAGUUACUCAGAAAGGAGACGCUGGCGACUAACACGCCGGAGAUUAUAGAGAGCUGGCUGCGGAAGCAGAUGUACUCUGUUGAUCAGACGAAGAAGAACAGUAUCUCUCUGAAAGAGCUCAAGUCUCUUUUGCCCCAGAUAAACUUUAAAGCACCAGGUGGACGUUUUCUGAAGGACAGAUUUGCGAUUGUGGGAGCAAAGAAAGACGUUCUGGAUUUUGAGCAGUUUCACAAAUUCUACAAUCUGUUGGUAUUUGAAAACCAAAAGAUGAUACUAGAUGAGUUUAAAAAGGAGUCAUGUGCUUUCAUCCUGGGUAACUCUGACCAGCCUGUUCAACUCUGUGAUUUUCAAAGAUUCCUUUUAUAUCAGCAGAGAGAGACUUGGGCCAACAAUCUGAAUCAGGUACGGGAGUUGAUGACCAUCUUUAUUGAUGACACCAUGAGGAAGACCAAUGAUCCUGCGUUUACUUUUGAGGAGUUCCUCUGUUUUCUCUUCUCAAAAGAAAACUCUAUUUGGGAUGAGAAGUUCUCAGAGAUAAAUCCACUGGAUAUGAACAACCCUCUGUCUCACUACUGGAUCAACUCUUCUCACAACACAUAUUUAACUGGAGAUCAGCUGCGGAGUGAGUCAUCAACAGAAGCCUAUGUACGCUGUUUGAGGCUGGGUUGUCGCUGCAUUGAGUUGGACUGCUGGAAUGGUCCGGAUGAACCCGUCAUAUACCACGGUCGAACCAUGACCUCCAAGAUCAAGUUUAAAGAUGUGGUGAAGGCCAUCAAUGACCAUGCUUUUGCAACGUCUGAGUACCCUAUUGUGCUGUCCAUAGAGGAACACUGCGACGUCAAGCAACAGAAAAUGAUGGCUCAGGUGUUUAAAGAUGUUUUCCAAGACAAGCUUUUGACUGAGCCAUUGGAACCAGAGGCUGAACAGCUGCCCUCACCAACCCAACUAAAGGGCAAGAUCAUCAUCAAGCACAAGAGACUGAACAUUGAUGAGAACUUGGCCAAAAAGGACCUUAGUAAAGGGGAUAAGCAGGGUGAACUUUCCAUCUGGGACCCAAUAGAUGAGAAAUGGUACCAGCAUUACUGUGUGAUCGAGAAUAAGAUGUUAUAUUAUGCUGAGGAGAAUGAGCUAGAAGACGACACAGGAAAGUCAUUACAGGUUGGCGCUGAGCGGCAUCAGUCAGAGCCUUGGUUUCACGGCAGGAUGUCAGAGGGCAGACAGACAGCCGAGAGACUGCUACAGGAAUAUUGCGCAGAAUCGGGAGGAGUUGACGGAACGUUCCUGGUGCGAGAGAGCGACACUUUCGUCAACGAUUGCACCCUCUCGUUCUGGCGCAGUGGACGUGUUCAGCAUUGCCGAAUCCGCUCCAGCGUAGAAGGAGGUUACACGGUCUAUUUUCUGACAGAAAACCUUCACUUCCCCAGUGUGUUUGAGCUCAUCCAGCAUUACAGAGAAAACCUUCUCCGCUGUCAGGACUUUAACCUGCGUCUCACCGAUUUUGUGCCUCGACCAGACCAGCAUCUGCAUGAAGGGUGGUUUUAUUGCAACUUGAGCCGAGGUGAGGCAGAGGACUAUCUGAUAAGAAUCCCUCGAGAUGGAGCCUUCCUGAUCCGACAGAGAGAAGAACCAGACUCAUACGCCAUCACCUUCAGAGGUGAAGGGAUGGUGAAGCACUGCCGGAUACUCAAAGAGGGCACUAUGUAUGUGCUUGGCGGCUCCAGCGAGUUCGAGAGCCUGGUGGAAUUGGUCGAGUAUUUCCGCAAGAAGCCGCUUUACCGGAAAAUCAAGCUGCGCUACCCUGUGACACCUGAACUAGUGGAACGCUUUAGUUCGAUACACAUAUCUGCUUCACUUUAUGAGUCCAAACAGUAUGUGGAGGCCAAUGAGAUAGAACCAUCUCUGCCACAAAGCACAGUGAAGGCUCUUUAUGACUACAAGGCCAUGCGUCUAGAUGAACUCAGCUUUUCUAAGGGUGCUUUGAUUCAUAAUGUUACCAAGGAAGCCAAUGGAUGGUGGAAAGGAGACAGUGGUGGAAAACUGCAGCACUAUUUCCCUUCAAAUUAUGUUGAAGAAGUGGCAAACUCUUCAUGUGAGGGCAACUACCAGGCCGAUGAGGAAAACCCAUUAGGUGACUUAUGUAAAGGGGAGGUGGACAUCUCAAAGUGUAGCGUAGUUCGCUCAGCCAAACAUUCCAAGCCUGUGGUGGUGACCUUACAGUUUAAAGAAAACAGAGAGGAUAUGCUGCCAUUUGAUUUAGCCACGGAUACCACUGAGGAGCUGUACGAAUGGUAUCAGGUGGCCUGGGACAUCACACAGAGAGAGGAAAACCGAGCGUUUGAGAAACAGAAACAGAAGGAGGUUGAGACCAAAGAGGAGGUGGCAAAUGAGAUGUCAGAGCUGGCUGUUUAUUGCCAGCCUCGCAGCAAAGAAAAGGACCGCUUUGACAAUUAUACCUACAAAGAGGUCAGAUCCUUCGUAGAGAAUAAAACACCUGCCAGAAUUAAGUCAUCUCAAUUUAUGUCAUACAACCGAAAGGCACUGAGUCGCAUCUAUCCUAAGGGUCAAAGAGUGGAUUCUUCCAACUAUGACCCAUAUCCCCUAUGGAUGUGCGGCUGCCACAUGGCGGCACUUAACUUUCAAACGGCUGAUAAGUACACCCAGUUGAACAGUGCCCUCUUCAGUCUAAAUGGAAGUACAGGAUAUGUGCUCCAGCCUGAAUUGAUGCGUUCAGAUCAUUACGACCCUUAUGAAGAGAAGAGGAAUGUCAAAUACAACAUCACAAUUAGGGUGAUAGCAGCACGGCAUCUACCCAAACCUGGUCGCAGCAUCACCAGCCCCUUUGUGGAGAUUGAACUGUGUGGCCAAACAGAUGAGAGAAAAUUCAAGACGAUGGUUUGCCCCGGUAAUGGACUAAACCCCGUAUGGCUCGCACAGCACAAUCAGCCUUCAGAGGAAGUUACUUUCAAUGUGUAUGAACCAGAACUCACCUUCCUACGCUUUGUGGUCUUUGAGGAGGACAUGUUCUCUGACCCCAAUUUUUUGGCCCAAGCUACAUUUCCUGUGAAAGGAGUUCGCUCGGGGUAUCGAUCAGUCCCUUUAAAGAACGGGUUUAGUGAGAGCCUGGAGCUUGCAUCUCUCCUGGUGUAUGUUGACAUACAACAAGUGGAGAAAGCACAAGAGGAACUCUACUCCUCCUCAAGACAAUUGCAAAAGAAGCCUACGGACUUAAGCAAUGAAUUCUGUCUCUACGACACUCAUUCAAGCCUUCAGCGUAACGCAGCACCUCAUCGCCGCGAUGAACCCUCGCAGGACCUGGUCAUGUACUCUGACAAGAGGUUUAAUAAACAACAGCAGAAGAUAAACAAUAGCAAGUUUUACUCAUGAGGAAAAUAAGAGUGCUGUUUCUUCCUGGUUGUAUUGUUUUAAAAGGGUCCGUUUCUCUCGGUACUGCUGAUCUAUCACUGCUGGUUCUCCAACAGGCCUCAGAGACGGGAAGUUGCAGCUCAAUUGUGUGCUCACAUAGGAACGAAACGGACAGAGAAUUUAUGCAAUGGUCUUUAGUAAUUUCUCUGUGAAUCUUUGUGACCGCAAGAAGCUGUACAUUUAUUUAAGAGAUAGUUCUCCCAAAAAUGAAGCUUUGUGUAUUCACGCGGAUACUGAAAGUACAUUUUUGAGCUAACUAUAUCUUUAAAUUGAGUGCAGAGUGAAUGAAGGAUUUUUGUGUUCAGGCUGAAACUGAUGAUUAGCUGUCACAAAAAUAAGACUGUCGUUUAUUUUUCAUAUACUCAGCAGCUGUGUUGAACUAUCACUUCUUGUCCUAAACAUUUGCAGACAUUAUUUAUUUGUUUUAUCUGUUUAAUUGAUAUAGGAUAAACAUGCUCAAGUUUGUUAUCAGUAGUCUAUAAUGACAAAUGAAUGUGUCAAAUUCUGAAUGAGUAAUAUGUCACCAUACAUUGCUUCAAAGCUAAAGAUGCACAUAAAGUGCCAUACUUUUAUCAGAAAAUAUAAUCCUUGCCUGCAAAAGAUUCUCUGUUGUGUGAAAGAAUGAGUUUAUUACAGAUGUCUGCUUGUCCAAUACAGAAGAAUUCUUUGAAUAGGCCUAUCAGUCUUUGUCUCGUUUAUGAUAAAAUGUCUUAAUCUGUCAUGCAAACAUUUGCUUCUGCCGCUUGCAGACAUGUUGGCCAACAUUUACAUAAAGAGAUCAGCAAAACCCAGCAAUUUGAUUAUUCUCUGUGGCCUUGUAGGAUCAUGUCCAUCCUGUAAGAAAAGCCUUUAUUCUAGCUCCCAUUCAAGACAGAUUACAAAUCAUCACAAUCAACCCAUAAAGAAACUGUAUUUUAUGUGAAUCUAUUUAAGUGUAAUUUUUCACUCCAUAUAUGAAGUCUUUGAAAUAUCGGUUUUACACGUGGCAUCAUUAAUACUUUAUUCUUAAUAAACGUAUCAUAUAGAAUAAA